UUUGUCGUGGGCGCGACAACGAAAACGUAUAUAUAAUAGUCGUCCAAAGAAUCUCCACGCUUGUUACACGGACCGUGCCGCCACUGCCUCCGCGAUGAAGGUGCUGGCGUUAUUAAUAUUCUGUGCGGUGUCAGCAAACGCUGCGCCCGGUGCUGGUGGCACGAGUGUAGCUUGGCCUGGUGGAAGGAAGACUACUAGACAACUGAUCGCAACCGUCACGCCACAAAUUAAAACAGCCUUUGCAACCACGCAAUAUAUAAAUGCUAUACCCUUAUCAUCGCUGUCAGGAUAUGAUCAGCAAUUUAUUUACCAGCCGCAGAUAAGCCACUUUAGUCCUUUUCAACCAGCCUUCUAUCCUAUAGCCGGUGGAUCAUUUAUCCCACAAGGAGGUACCCUAUUCACUGAUGGUUCAUAUUUGACUGCUGACGCGUCAUUUUUCCCACCUGGCGGUCAACUUAUUUCUGGAGGAGGAUCAUAUUAUCCUCCAGGAGGUAUUGUGUACCCUCCUGCUCCAGCUGCUCCCACAGCACCAGUACCAGAACAACCAUUAGCAGAUACUCCCUCUCAACCUGCAGGAGAUUCAGAUACGGCAGUUGUUGAUUCGGCAGAGUUUCCACCUGAAAAACAGCCAUCUACACCAGAUGCGAAGCCACCGCCACCGAGCAGUUCAGGCAUUCCACCUCAAGGUUCCACGCCGUCGACUGAACAAACUCAACAGGACAGCACUGACGCAUCGUAUCAACAAUCGCCUGAUCAGUCUACUUCAUUUCCCCAAUUCCCGCAAACACCCCAAUACCCACAAGCUCCUGCUUCAAGUUUCCCACAACUCCCACAGGCUCCUGCAUCAGGUUUCCCACAAUUUCCACAGGCUCCUGCAUCAGGUUUGCCACAAUUUCCACAGGCCCCACCAUCAGGUUUUCCACAAUUCCCACAGGCCCCUGCAUCAGGUUUUCCACAAUUCCCACAAGCUCCAGGAUCAGGUUUUCCACAAUUCCCACAGGCUCCAGGAUCAGGUUUCCCACAAUUCCCACAGGCUCCAGGAUCAGGAUUCCCACAAUUCCCUUCACAGUUGUUCCCUCAGCCAUCUCCUUCCCCACCGUCCAGUUUUCCUUCAGCUGACAAUAGCGAUAGAGGAGUAGAUGAUGAAGAUACCAUAUCCGUAGAUUCUGCAUAAUAUUGGUUAUUAUAUGUAUUUACGUUAUUAUGCGAUUCAUCAAUAAGUUCCUUGUGUAAAAACACUAGUUAAAGGAUUUCCAGUAGUUAAUAAUAGAUGAUAAACCAUAACAGAAUGAGUUUUUAUGGUUCCGCAUUAAAACGAUAAGCUCUCCGUAUAAUUCCUUGCUUUUGGCAAAUAAAUGUCGUAAUCCAGUAUUAGUUUAUAUUCUUUUAAUAUUUUGUUUGCCUAUUUAUGACUACCUAAAGGUUCAGAAAAGAAGAAUAUUUUACUAGUCGUUGCCAGGGACUUUGCUCCCGUAAGGAUUUUUGGAAAAGAAUGAACCUAAAAGCUGUUAAUUAAAAUCGCUUUGGUAAUCUGGUAUUUUCUUUAUCAAAAUGGCUUGACCGGAAGACAAAAUUACAGACACAUUUGAAUAUUAGUAUCCGCCUCAAAAAUUAUUUGAUGUUAUGAUAAGGAUCAGUUACUAGUUUGAAAUGUGCGAUUUUGAAAGAAGUUUAGUUAGUUAGGUUUAUACGUUUUAUUAUAGUAAAAUGCCUAAUAGGUAACCUGAUUCCAGUAACAUACAAUUUAAAAAAAUAUUCGUUUAGUUUUUUUUUCUAUAAUCAACCGAUUAAAUACCUAUAUUAAGUUAAUUUUAUUCACCGAAAAAUGAAGGAAGUAACGAAAAAGAAAGUUGUUUUUAAUUUCAAAAAAUAUUUAAAAAAACGCAAUUACUCGCUUAUCAUAAACCGAUUUUGAAUGAAAAAUAAAAUCCUAAGUUAUUCCUUUAUCCAACAGGUCAAUAUCAACUUAGGGAAAUAGGAUGAACUCUUAAAAUUUUAUCUUUUUCAUCACUCUAUUCCUAAAGUCAUACAAACAUUUGUU